GUGUGGCUUACAAGUGCCUUCUUCCCCUGUUCUUGGUUUCGGAAGCCACAGCUCCUCUUUGGUGUUCUGAUGGCCGCGUCUAUCUCCCUUCCACCUUCCCAAUUUCUCCUCUUUCCACGCCGUUCCCCUCCUCCUCCACCUAUUCCUCAUCCUCAACUCGUGAGUCCACCUCGCAAGUCCACCCUUUGCUGCUCUUCUUCUUCGACUCCUUCCGCAGAUGCUUCUUAUCCAGUUGUAACCGAAGAAGCAGCAGAGGAAGAAGACGAUAGCUCCACCCUUCCUCUUCCUAGAGAAGGAUUCUCCCCUUAUGAAGCCGAAUCACUGAUUGAAGGCACAGAGGACCCCCAGUUCAGGGGCUGCAAGACCUGUGGAAGAGAGGAAAUUGAGAAAGGUUGCAAUGGCAAGGGACGGAUUCAGGGUGGGAUAGCCACUGUCCCGGGCUUUGGCUGGUGGCCGAUAAAAGCCUUUAGGCCAUGCCCUGGAUUUGUGGCAUCUGGUGGCCGAUAUAGGAGGCAAGGGCAAAGCAUGGACGAGGUUGCAUUUGGCAGGGGGGAAAGGGAGAUGUCCACCAAGAACAUUAAUAAACCUAACUCAAGCUUAAUGGUCCUCUAACCUCACGCAGCAAGAAAAAGCAAGGACCAAGUAGCUUGAAGAGAUGAAAAUACAGGCUCUGUGCUCGAUGACGACGAGGCAACCCAGCAAGAUCAUAUCUGAAUGAUACCUUGCUCGCAUUACUCUUUACCAUAUUUGUUUGUGGUACUAAAUUUUACACAUAUCACCAUUGGAAAAAUGCUUUGUAUUAUUGUAGUUGUUGAAGAUUUCCGAUUUCAGAUUGGAGCAAGGUUUGUGCUCUUA